UCAUUAAGUUUUCUGUUUGCUUACUUGGAGUGCUCUCUUCGCUCUCGUGUCCUUAAGUGUUUGUGACGCCUCUCAGGGCUAUGAAGGCGUCACUGAAGGCAGCCUUGGCGUGCUACCUUCUCACGGUCGCAUCGCUGGACGCCGCUAUUUGGAACCACUUCCUGGUGCCGCAGAAAACCUUUGACCCCUCGAAUGCCUUCUUCAGCUUCAACGAUACCUCGGCCUGUGCUUGCAAGUCCAAGUGCAUGGUGUUACCAGCGUGCACGGGCUGGACGGCCGUGGCCAUGAACACCACGGAGCCACAGUGCCUCCUGACAUCGGGCAACCCGCGGAGCAUCGGCCUCGCCCCUAGCUCCAAUGCUAUCUACGGCUUCGUAUUCAGAGAAGAUGCAAUUCCUGGGGUAAUUUCCGCGGAGAAAGGUCACGACGGGCUGGCUUACCAUGUGCCUCCGAACAUGAUGACCAUAGAGCCUGCCAGGGAGUACUGCGAAAGUAUCCCUGGCUUCCGUUUGGCGAUAUUCAGGACCUUCCAACAAAUCGAGGAUGGCAAGCAAAUGGCCAUCAAGGCGAGCUCGAAUACUGAUGGUUUACUCUUGAUUGACCUCCAGUCCACGGCCGGCAGUUUGCUGUGGGGUGACGGCAGUCUCUUUCCUUCACUCUUCUCCUCGCUCACCUCAGACACAAGUAAACCGAACAUCGUCAUCUCGCGGACAGUAAUAGGUUCAAAGAAUCAAAAAAGGCAUAUCCUGUGUCAGGGCCGCAGCGGAAAUCAACUCUGGUGAACCUGUCCAGCCACAACACUCGGACGCGAAAGGUGAUCUCCAAGUGGCUUACCAACAUUACCGCCUCACUCAAAACAUGCUGUCGUAUUUUGAUGGUAGUAGUAGUAGUAGUAGUAGUAGUAGUAGUAGUAGUAGUAGUAGUAGUAGUAGUAGUAGUAAUAGUAGUAGUAGUAAUAGCAGUAAUAGUAGUAGUAGUAGUAGUAGUAGUAGUAGUGGUGGUGGAAGAAGGAAUAGUACUAGCAAUAUUAAACACACCACGAGCUAUUAUAAAGACGUCCCUCUUUAGAUCCAAAGUUCAAGAGCCAUAUGCGAUGGUCCCACAUAUAGCACAGCCUUGCCUUCCUUUCCCUGCACUAGUAAUGCUUCAUUUGUAUCACUUUGUCACUAUUCAUCGGGUGUUGUUAUUAUCGCCGUGGGGCCACUCUAUUCAGGGACACGAGCCUAAUAUCCUCUCCCUUGCCCACACAUAAAGUUUUGAUGGCCGCGGCAAGACAAUUUGCUGACACUCCCCCUACCCCUAACACUGAUCAAUGUCACAGUAACACACACACACACACACACACACACACACACACACACACACACACACACACACACACACACACAGCACCGCGGCCACGAUGUAUUGUUCUUGUCAAGGAUGGUCGGCAAGAGUAGAGAAGAGAACGCAGGAUGAUUUGUGUGUUUGUUCUAAUGGAAUAUUCAACGACGUGUUUUUUUGGUGACAUGCUAGUCAUUGUGAUGUCUCCUGGACGGACAAUGGCGUAUGAAUUUAGAGUGGACGCACAUCAAUCAACUAACUGACACCUCCCCCCCAACACACACACACACACACACACACACACACACACACACACACACACACACACACACACACACACACACACACACGCACAUGGAGGAUAACAACAGCAUACUGAAAAAAAAUACUAUAAAUCUGAUGAAAGAUCAGCAGUUAAAAAAAAUUACAACGUAGAGUCAAAAGACGAUAUUUGAGCAAAAAAAAUAAAAAUAAA